AUGAAUGAAGAAGAACGUGAAGUACUAAAAUCGAUUUAUGAAUCAGAUUCGAAUUUUUCCAUUAUCAAUGACAAUACAUUUCAAUACAAAGUUAUACUCGAUGAUGAUCGUUUUUAUUUGGUUGAAAUUCAUUGGCCUGAUAAUUAUCCCGAUGUAGUACCGACAAUUAAUCUUGAUUUAUUUAGUAAUCGUCUUUUAACAAAUGAUUUCAAAACUAAACUUAUAGAAAAAUUAACCGCUGAUGCUAAUGAACAAUUAGGCAUGCCGAUGACAUAUACUCUAUUCGAAAGUGUUAAAGAUUUUUCAUAUGACGGUGAUAUUUUUCUUAAUAGUUUGGUAUCAAAUGCUACUGUAUCAUUACCAUCAUCAUCAGCAACAGUUUCUACUUUAGCUGCACCAGUGAUUAAAAAAGAACAACUAACAAAAUCACAAAAACGUCGUCAAUGGAAUCAUCAAAUGGGUGGAGAAAAUGGGCAAAAACCUCGUGGUCAUGAUUGGGUUGAGAUUGUUCGACAUUUAUCUCAAACAGGAAAUAAAAUUGAAAGUUAA